AGAAAAUUAGCUGCCAUUAGGGCGGAGCUCAUUUGGAAGCCGGGGACUGGGUCGUAGAGAGGAGUGCCAGCGGCGAGGCACCAUGGAGUUCCUGCUGCAGCUGAUGCGCGAAUCCACUUUCCCUGGAGGAGGUCGCAGAGAGCUUGGUGCCGCCCCCUAUGUCGGCAGGGGCGACGGGAGGCGAUAUGGUGGCGGAGCAGGAGGUGGUGGAGCAGGAACGGGCGGUGGACAGCGCCGAAGCUCAGAUCUUGGCGGCCAGGGUAGCGGCGGCCGCGGACAGGAGAGAGAGCUCACCCUCGACGUUGAAGUUGUCAACUGGGAAGAUGAAUCCCCGGGCGCCUGAAUGGAAUAAGAGGCUGAAGAUAGUGCUGCUGCACCGAGCAGAACACCGUGCCCAAACCAUGGGCAAAGCCGCGUGCUGCAAAACAUGUGCAAAUGCAGUUACAGGCCUCAAAUAUCUUGUCAGCAAACUAAAACAUCUCAAGCUGGAUGUGCUCGCGUGCAGUUGCAAGGUUCGAGAGGCAACGAGCAUUUAUUUCCUUCAGUAGGACUGUCAUCUCAUCGCUCGCCUGGUACAUGAAAUGGGAGUUUGCAGUGAUACAGGGCGU